AUGCAAUCAAAUUUGGUGACCCGACUUGCAUCAAUUCCAGUGGUACAUCAAGUCGCAGCAAAGUUACAAGAAUUUGCCAUUGGACGCUAUGUCCUCGUAUGGUUGGCGUUGGUGUGGGACAAGUGGGCGCCCACAUGGAUCGAUGAUCUUGGAUGCCGCUCCAUAGACAUGAUUGCACCCAUUGCUUAUCAUGUAUGGGAGACCAUGAUGCUGAUACGUGAUAUCAUUGUGAUGAUCGCUCAAGAGCUAUUGUAUAAAGGCCGAAUGCAAUAUGAGGGAUUACAAGCAGCGUAUUGCCAUCAAUUGUUACGUGCCAGCACCAUCAUUCUGCACACACGAGUUAUGCAGCAUAUUGUUGUUCCCGUGAUCGGGAUCAUCACCGACAGCACAUUACCCGCACUACACAAUAUAGCAAACGCAUUACGAGAACAACUAGUUUAUUAUCUCGUUCUUUCUAAAGUUACUCUUCAAGGUCAUUUAGGCUUUGUAGGCAUAUGUGCACCAUGA